GUAAGAUUGUAUCAACAAUCGCGAAUUGAAAAGACGUCAAAACCAUAAACGAAUUACGAUUUCAAUUGAUUUUCGAGAUUUAAAAAACUUUAACUCAAUUUAUUAUACAUCAGUGUGUUAGAACAGCUUCAACAUGGGUAAAGGUUUCAAUAAUUAUAUGAGCAAGAAAUUCUUCCAUCCUGCAUCAAGGGAUAAUCUGAAAAGAGUAUGGAUGGCUGAACAGCAGGAGGAAGCUUACAAAAAGAAACAAGAAGAAUUACGAGCUCAAUAUGAGAAAGAACAAAAUCUACAUGAGAAUAAAUCGCUUUUGUCUAAAGAUUCCAAGGACAAACUUGCUUUAAAUUUCAUGUAUGAGCCACCACCUGGUAUCAAAAAAGAACGUGAGAAGGAAACAAAUGAACCAGAAUAUAAGUUUGAAUGGCAACGAAAAUACAAUGCACCUCGAGAAUCAUAUUGCAAAGGCGACACUGAAAUUCGUGAUCAACCUUUUGGAAUCCAAGUAAGAAAUGUUCGCUGCAUCAAGUGUCACAAAUUCGGUCACAUUAAUACAGAUAAAAUCUGUGCCAUGUUCAGUUUAUCAAUGAGCGAAGCAAAAAAGAUUCAUUCCGAACAAGAAGCCAAUGAGUUAUUGGCAAAAGGUGGAAUUGAAGAGAAACUCAAAGAAGGAAUGAAAGAUGAUGGACUUGCAUUGAAAAGAAAUGCUCUGAGUCUUGAACAACAAGGCAGUCGUCAUCAAUUGAUUCCAGAUGAAGAUGAAGGUGAGAAAAAACCUGAAAUUGAGCUUCUUAAAGGGUUGAGCAAGAAACAGAAGAAAGAGUUACUGAAACAACUGGAAAAGAUUGAAAAGAAACAUCAAAAAAAGAAGAAAAGAAAACGAAGAUCGAGAUCAUCAUCGAACUCAUCGUCUAGAAAAUCGAAAUCAUCAAAAAAGAAACGCCAGAGAGAUGAUUCUAGCAGUAGUUCUAAUGAAGAACAUGAUAGAAGAAAAGCAGCGAGAAGACAAGAAGAAUCAUCCAGACGUGAAGAUCGUCAUCGUAGAGAUCAGCAAACCAGAAACGAGAGAAGACAUCGCAGUAGAAGUCGUUCACGUGAUCGAAGACGUUAACAUACUAAUUAUAAUUAUAGCUUAAUUAUUUCUCAAACAUCAAUAAAUUAAUGAAAUUUAUUUUCAUAAAAUUAUAAAUAA